AAUACGUUUCUAUUAAGCGCCUACUGUGAAUCAGGCGCUGAGUGUAAUAAACUUUGGAGAAACAGAGUUCCACCUUACUGCGCCUAGUAGCCUGCCCAGGUCCAGCACAUCAGUCGUCUACUGUGUGCGUUUCUGGAGACCCCGGGUAUGCGAAGGGCUUCAGGGAUUAUGCUCCCCAGAGUUCCUCCGGAGAGCGGACCCCUUGGCUUUGGGAACACGAUCCUCUUUCCCCUGAACCCUUCCCCUUGCCAUAUAAGGAGAGGCAGCUGCUGGGGACGUCCCCAGAAUCUAAAGAUAGUGGCCCUCUGACUCCUAACGCCACAGGACAGCGGGAGCCGCCAUGGCACAUCUUGCCUCUGCCACCCCUAUGAAGUCCCACCGCAACUCCUCUUCAGGCAGCAUGCCCGGACCCUCUGGUACGACAGGCCAAAGUAUGUGUUCAUGGAAUUUUGUGUCGAGGACAGCACCGAUGUCCAUGUGCUCAUCGAAGACCACCGCAUUGUGUUCAGAGUCUCCUCAGCUGUCUUAUUUCAUCAGCUGCAAGAAUGCCGAUGGGGUGGAAUUGUACAAUGAGAUUGAGUUCUAUGCCAAGGUGAACUGCAAGGACUCCCAGGAUAAGCGCUCUAGCCGCUCCAUUACUUGCUUUGUGAGGAAAUGGAAGGAAAAGGUGGCCUGGCCCCGGCUCACCAAAGAGGAUUACAAGCCAGUGUGGUUGAAUGUGGACUUUGAUAAUUGGAGAGACUGGGAAGGAGAUGAAGAGAUGGAGCUUGCUCAGGUGGAACAUUAUGCAGAGCUUUUGCAGAAGGUCAGCACUAAGAAAACUCCCCCUGCCAUGGAUGACCUGGAUGAUGAUUCUGACAGUGCUGAAGCAACAAGCAGUUAAUUUUCUGUGACAGCGGAGAUGGGAAGGAAGCUGUGGCUCUGUUCCAGGCUCCAUGAAAAGCUAUGGCCUGAGUCUUUGGCAGCUCUUUGGCUGUGCACCAGGGUCCUCUGAACUUUCCUAGAAGCUCUGUGUUCAGGGUCCUCCUUCAUGAUUUAUUUCUUCUUCCUAAGCACUUGACUAUGUCUGCUGCAUCAGAUGACAGCAUAGGAGAGGAGUAAACUGGUAGGUGCUGACUCCCUCCCUACUGGCUGUAAGCUCUGUGUUUGAGCCCCUCAGCAGGGCUCUCUGUAGUAUUUAAGCAUGCGUGUGGACCUGAUCGAGCAAAAGCCAAAGAAGCAACCUAUUGAUUAUAAUAAAUCUCUGGGAACUGUUCUCUGUCUCUUUCCUUCUUACAGAUAGAUAAGGCAAGUUAUAGGAGGCAAGUUUCUUCUUUCUCUAGAGUUCCUUUGAAGGGGAAGGCUGGGUGGUUAUCAGAGAUCUGGGUCCUCGUUCUUGAGGUUGGAAGAAGACAAACAUUGGGAGCAGGCUUUGUAACCAUGCUGGGUGAUUUCCCCAAAUCUGUGUUCCUAUUUCUCACAGCAGAAUCUAGACCUUCACUAUAUGGCUAAUAACUGCAUCUUUAUAAACACUAGAAAACUACCUCAGCUUCCUGCUCUAUGCACUUUUAAAGCUUAUUGUUAUAUAGCUUAAUACUUAUGUCUGUUUACUCUUCCAUUCAUCAGCUAUCCCAUUCCUCCACAUACAUUUUUAAAGUGCCCAAUAUGUACAAGAGACUAUGACUUAAACAAAAUGCAAUACUUGAAGUUUGCCCUUGA